AUGGCCGAUUCCGCUUUCAAGAAAAUCCAGAUCCAAAGAGAUGACACUACAUUUGAUGCAUAUGUGGUUGGUAAAGAUGAUGCGCCUGGGAUUGUGGUGAUUCAAGAAUGGUGGGGUGUUGACUUUGAGAUCAAGAACCAUGCUAUCAAAAUCUCACAGCUUGAGCCUGGUUUCAAAGCCCUUAUACCCGACUUGUACCGAGGAAAGGUUGGUCUGGAUACUGCAGAAGCACAACAUCUAAUGGAAGGCCUUGACUGGCCAGGUGCCAUCAAAGAUAUCCGUGCUUCUGUUGAGUGGCUAAAAGCCAAUGGCUCUAAAAAGGUUGGUGUGACUGGAAUGUGUAUGGGAGGUGCAUUAGCUAUAGCUAGCUCUGUUUUGGUUCCAGAGGUCGAUGCUGUUGUCGGAUUCUAUGGAACCCCUUCCUCUGAGCUUGCAGAUCCAGCACAAGCCAAAGCACCUAUUCAGGCUCAUUUUGGGGAGCUUGACAAUUUUGUCGGUUUCUCUGAUGUCACGGCAGCAAAGAAUCUCGAAGAGAAGCUGAAAGCGUCGGGAGUAGCACACGAGGUUCACAUUUACUCAGGGAAUGGGCAUGCAUUCUUGAACAGGAGCCCGGAAGGAGUGAGCAGAAGGAAAAGCAUGGGACUAUCUGAUGAAGACGAAGCCGCGGUGGAACUUGCUUGGUCUCGCUUCAAUUCCUGGAUGAAACAUUACUUGGCUUAA